UCCACACAGUUCAUAUCACCAUAGCAGCCUCCACCAUAUCCACCUGACACCUUUAUCCUUUAUACACCUGGGAACAAUGUCAGCCGUCUACCUCCUCCUCCUGCUCCUCCCUCUGGUGUCAGCUCAGACCUAUCACUGGGGUCCCUGUCCUGACCCCAAAGUGCAGCCUAACUUCAAUCUUCAACAAUAUCUGGGGAAGUGGUAUGAGAUCGAGAAGCUGCCUGCUUCCUUCGAGAGAGGAAAGUGCAUCGAGGCAAACUACGCUGUGAGGAAAGAUGGUACCAUUCGGGUGCUGAACAGCGGAUUCUAUCUUGUUACCGCUUUCAUGUGUCUUUUCAUUUUUGCUCCCUACGGCAGCUACUGGGUUGUGACCACGGACUACACCAGCGUGACCGUUGUGUACUCUUGCACGGACAUUUUGCGAUUGUUCCACUUCGACUACGCCUGGAUCCUUGGGCGCUCUCGCUUCCUGCCAGCGGAGACUGUGAGGUAUGCUAAAGAGCUGCUGAUCCAAGAAGGAGUCGACCUGUCCAAGAUGAAGGCCACAGAUCAGACGGGCUGCAAGGAUAACUAGGGAUUUGUAUCCCCUCAUUGCACUGUAACCAGCAACCUUUAUCAUUAUUUUAAUUGCUGCCUUAAAAUACUUGUGCAUUUAAAAAAACAAUAUUGAUCUUAAUGCAAUGUGCACUAAUACUUGAUUAUCUCGUAUGAAGCUCAUUUUGUAGUUCAAGCUAUUGUAUUGUACCUUUUAUUGUGAUUAUUACAGCAAACAUAUCUCCCUAUGGUUGGUUUUGAUUAUAACAUGUAUAUCCACCAUGACACAAUCUCGCUCAUUUUGCUGUUUACAGAUGUGAAAAUACUUGUAAAACAUGCUAUUGCAAUAAAACAAGCAUAUCCUUGCUGAUCGCAAAAAACACACACUUAAGAUUUUUGGAUAUUAAAACU